UAUAUAUAUAUAUAUAUAUAUAUAUAUAUAUAUAUAUAUAUAUAUAUAUAUAUAAAAAUCUCAAUUUUGUGGGUUUCUCUAGACCUCGCAGAGCUUGGGCAUGGUUGUAACCUGUGGUUCAGCCUUCAUCCUCCUCUGCUUUUUUUCUUUUUUGUCGUCUUCUCCCCUCUACGCCCUGAUUCUUCCCAGAUGUUUCCUGUGUGUAUCUCUCUCUCUCUUCUCGCUCUUUAUUUAUUUCUUAAAGGAGUAGGAUAUGAACGUCUGCCCAACCAAAGAUUUGUAGUGAGGUUUUUCUUUGGAGCACAAUUGUGAGAAAAAGUAUAGAACUUUUAUAGCUUCUGUAUCUUUGCCUCAAAGUAAAAUAUAGCUAACUCACCAAAUUGACAGUCUACUCUAGAGCUAAACCUGGCACACUUUUGAAAACUAAACCAUAUUUUUAAAGUCCCUGGUUCCUAUGUUUAUAUUUGUUUUAUUUAGUUUUCCUUUGUGGCAAUUAGGCAAGUUAGCUCAUACAAAGCUGCUUGUUAACCCAGUAAGAACAAAUUACAAGUUUCCAGAUUUUACAGGAAUACAGGCCUACAACAUUUUUUUUUCUCUAGAAGUCAUUCAAACACAUGGUCACAGCCGUGAUCUUUAACUUGAGGCUAACUUGAAGACAGGGUGUCAUGUGAAUGGUUACUUAAAAGGCUGUACUUAAUGACAGAUCUCAGUGGUGUAAUAUUGUAUUAAGAUAUAUGACUAUAGCAUUUAUGUAUUGAGGGUUGGACUCUCUGGGUUUUAAAUGAAGGGAUCUUUAAGUGGGUACCCACCACAGUGACUACCACUAAUGUCAGGCUGCACAUAACCCAAACUCUAGUAAAAUAGAAUCAAAUAGAUAUCUGCUCUCUAUUUCAUUGUGUCAAACUGUCCAAUCUGAUGUUAGUCACACGGUUCUCAUUUUCAAAACGAGUCAACAGAAAAACAAAAAACAAAAUGUCAGCCUGAGAUAAAGUGUCAUCCCUCUCCACUCUUUGUACCUACAAUUGCAUAUAACAUGUGCUCCACAAUGUAUCAACAUAUAAAAUACUCUCAACUAUAUUUUUUUAGUGUUACAAAAUGAAAAGUUUUCUGAUGAUAUAUGUCUUAAAUCAAUUUAGAAUGGGGCGGGUGAAACAAAAGGAAAUUAUUGAGUGGCUAAUAUAUAGGGAGUAGUGAGGGAGUGAUUUCACACAAAUAACAUUUAAAUGAGAGAGUCAUUUACACUCAACACUAGCUUCCUAGUGAGCUGCAAACAGGUAAACAUGGCACAAUCAUCUAGAUCAUUUGGAAGUAGAAAGACUCACCAAUCUCUUGAACUUUUGAACAUAAAAAAGACAGUUGAAACAGUUUUACUUUAAAUAUCACAAUGCUACAGAAUGGUGCUUUUCUCUUUGGCUAAGCGUUAAUGGGAGCAAGAUGCAUUCACUCCCCGCUAUGUAUUGCUUUUGCUGUCAGAAGAGUUCAAUCUAAUCGAUUUGACUCGCUAAUAUUCAGCCAAUUGGAUAGCGAGGAUGGGACUGACCUCUGCCUGAGGAAGGCAAAAGUUUCAUUCAGUCACCUCAGCAGGCAGUUUCUUGCUCUAAAUGAGAAGCCUGUAGGGAAAAUGCUGAUAAUGACAGCUCACUUGGUUGUUGUAUAAUUGAAUCCUUUCUCUCACAUCUAUGCAUAUAUUUUUAGAUCUGAGCUUCUCUCUCCCUUUCUCUCUCUGCCCCUACUCAGUGCAAGCCUUUGCACUACUGUGUGGUGUUUACUCCAUAUUGAUGCUUGCUCCAAGAGUGAUUAGUAACCCAGUGAACAUUUAUUGUGAAAUAAGAUUAAGCUACGUCCCCAACCUCAUCCCGUCCUUUUUUCCCACAAUCCACUCCUUGCCUCUUCUUUUAUUCAGUUUGUCUCCCGAUAACCCUUGUAGUCUCAGAGUUCUUUACUUUUCAAAGGCUUUCUCCCUCUCUCUCUCCCACUUUUAGCUCUCAUCCUCUCAUCUAGCCCCAGACCUGGCAACCCUGUCUCUUCAGCUCUAGCCCUUGUUACCACCCCCACCCCCAUGUCUCAUGUCUCAUGUGUAGCCCCGCCGUCCACCCUUUGCAUCCUCUCCCUCUCUACCCAGCUGGGAACCUAACGAUAAUUGAGAGGAAACCUAAUGGAGACUAUCGCAGCUCUCCUGUCUCCAAGGACCAGAGCCGGAGCCCCAUCGAACGUGUGGUGGUGCCCAGUGCUCUGGGAGUCCACAGCAACCACCUGUACAGCCAUGCCCACCACCACCAUCACCACCUGGCCAGCUUAGCCGGCAUGGACCAGCCACUGGCACUCACAAAAAACAACACGGUGGAGUCUGCACGUAGCAGCACAGCAGCUAUGGCCACAGUGCCGCACACAGUCAGCGCUGUGGAGCGCCAGCAGAAUCGUCCUUCGGUGAUCACAUGCGCCCCAGCCAACAACCGCAACUGCAACCUGUCUCACUGUCCAGUCUCCCACAACGGCUGCUCAAGCCUCACUAACAACUACAGGAGAAUCAACACCAAUACAGCCUGUGACCCGGUGAUCGAGGAGCAUUUCCGCCGCAGUCUCGGGAAGAACUACAAGGAACCUGAGCCCACUGCCACCAACUCGGUGUCCAUCACAGGCUCAGUGGACGACCACUUCGCCAAGGCACUGGGCGAGACCUGGCUGCAGAUUAAAAACAAGGGGAGUCCCUCGUCGUCCGGCAGCAGCCCAAACUCCUCCCCCGACAGUCACAUGGUCAAUCACAACCACUCCCCUUCUGUGGUCUCCUGAAGGAGGAGGGGUUUAAGAGGGAUUUGUCCCCGUUUCCCCAGCCCUCCCAAUCAUCCCGGCUCCAACACCCAUGCUCCCGUCACUUUGGUCACCAGCAUCCCAGAGGGAAUGCCUGCCUGCUGGUCUGCUAAAACAUCCAAAACCCUCAAGCCUGCUUUCUUUUUCUAUGCACUCAUAGAGGAUCAAUCAAGCAAUAACAACAUGGUCGUGCCCCCCCCAAUCCUCUGGUAUGGUGAUACCAGACAAUAAUCAGUAAUGAGUGAUGAGGGUUCAACUUUGGGACUUGACUGGAGCAUCAAGCUGCUCCUUCCAAUCAUUCAUCACCCCUGCAUGUCAAGCAUGGAGCUGAGCAAGUGUCUGUAGUUAUAUGUACAUAAAGAGAGAGAGGAAAGGCGGUGUUUUAAUUAUUAAUUUUCUUCUUUGUUUUUUUUUUGUUUGUUUCUUUUAACAGUAGUUUUGUGUACUGCUUUUGCAUUAUGAGAUGCCCGACAUUUGAAAGAAAAGAUAAGUGAGAAAAAAAUCACAAACCACCUGACUGUGCUACCAAAGAAACCUCAGACACUGAUGUUUAUCAAUGCCCACCUCGAAAACAAAACAACAAAAAGCCAUCUUGUAAUCUCCUCCCUCUAUUUUAUCUUUUGUUUCAUUCUCUCACCUUCCUUCUCUCUCCUGUGUAUGCGUUCUGGUGGUUUUGUUACUGUAUGUGUAUACUUAGGUGAUCGACUUGGUCUGAUUUGCACUACUGCUGUAGAGGGUAAAGGGUGGCAUGUCAAUAUUAUAAUCUGGCACUGCACACACUGGGACUGAUAAACCUGAUUUUGACGCAAUCUGGUAUAAUCAGUCUUUUGUUAGAUCCUCUAUUUGAUCUCCCAUUAACUUUAAUGUUUUAAAUCUACCUGGAUGUAAUUUCAUCCUGGCCCAGACAGAAAAGUCCAUACCAGUGGGGCUGAUGGGCAGUAUAAAAUGUUAGAGAUAUGCAAAGUAAUAUGGAUUUGGAUACCAUAUCUUCUAAUGUGAAAAGAAUAUGAUGUAUAUCUUCAGUUUUCAAAAUAGAUAGUAGGGAUAGUAAAUAUAUCAUACCGCCCAGCCCUGCAUACCAGCUCUACCUGUAGGCUGUGAGUACAUCCAGUUUGUUAAUUUAGCGGUGUUGAUUAGUAUUGGCUUAGAUAAAUAUAUUGCUGCCUCAACAAAAACAUACAAAACUACUUUACACGUUAAAUUGUGCCAAAUUGUUGCAUUUCAUUUUACAAGCAGUCAGGUUAUCAAGUCAACUAACUGUGGUGUUCAUGGACAUCACAGCCAUUAUGAGAGGAGAUUAGGACUGAAAACCCAGUUGUACAACCUGCAGUGUGUUGAAGGUUGUGCUCUGCUGAACAAUGUGCUUUGAUGUGUUUCACGGGCUUAACUGCUGACAGUGAUGAGGGGAUAGAUGCAGACGCUGCAUGUCACUUUGUGGUUGAACAAAAAAAAGUCUGGUUUCUCGACCUGGGGAGAGAUUAUUCAGAUCUCUUCAAACACGCCUUUGUUUUUGUAACUCUUUGAACACAGGUGUUGUAAUUAUAUUUGGCUUACACCCUGCAACCCCUCCCUCUCAUACUCACUGUGGUUUGGUAGAUUUCUACAAGGUUUGAAGGGUAAACUAAUGCUUUUACAGAUGCAUGUUUUUUUUUUUAAUAGCUGGUAUCUAUUAAUGUUUUUAAGCAUUUCAAUCUUAACUACUAUUAGCCUUUUCAUUUGGACGUUAGUUGUUACUUCUUUCAUUGUCAGUAACAGACAUAGACACUAUACACUCACUGCUGGGUCAGUUGUACUCCAUAUUAUUAUUGUUAUUGUUAUUAUUACAAUUUUGUAUUAUUGUUUUCCAUUAAUAUCAGUAUGGUAACAAACAUCUAUAGUGGGACAGCCUCCGGACAGGCUCUGUUUAACAAUGAGAGCUUCGUUUCUCAAAACCACCUCAGCGCGGUAAUCUAUCAGCUCGCUCCCGCAGCAGAGCAGUGACGGUUCUAGUGUUGACUUGGCUUUGGGAUGCGCAGCCAGUAAAGGUUUUCUUAAGAUGUUGAACCAUUAGUGGUACAGGAUGCUACAACCUUCAGUGUGACUGAGCUGAGACACCAAAUUGGCACAAAUUUGGCAGCAGGGCCUUGUUUUCCUGAAAAGCAUCUCAGCCUGAGAUGAAAUGGACUUCUAUUCUUAUGAGUCUGUUUGGCUGUCGUCUUAAAAUCAAGGUAUUGUUUAUGCUAAGAGCUAUUGAUGACGGCUCUCAAACGGCUUGUUGAUGUUUAAGGAAAACCAAGCAGCAUUGGAAAACGUAGCUGAAUUUAUCUGAAUUUAUGGUGUCAUGUCACAGUUCUUUCAGCCAUCAUCAGUUGACUUUUUGUGUCCUGACUUGGUGUCCAGACCUUUUUUUUUUGUACUUCAAUGCCUUCUUUUCUGAACAACAUUGUAUUGUUGCAGUUAAGCUAGACUGCUGCAGUCUGAGAAAAUGAAUUUGACUCCGUAAAAGAGCCUGCGCCAAGGUGGCAUACAUUCCUCCUAUAAGGAACUUUGUACAGGCCUCAUACAUAUUCAGUAUGUCCACAUCAACAGACAGAGCUAAUAACCAGCCAGGGCCAGCUGUCCCAGGGUUUCUUGUGCCCUUACCAGAAUUACUAGGUGUCCACUUUGGCUUUUUUUGUCUUUGCAUCAAGCAAGUUGGCUAUAAAUCCAUACCGUAUGAUAAAGGAACAAACAAGCAUUUGUGACAUAACAUUUUUUGAGGACAUUCAGAGCAUAGAAUUUAGAGAACGGGGGUUGUAACAGUGGGCAGUGGAAAAGUAGCAAAAGUACAGAAUAAUUUCAUGUCUCUGAGCUGAGGUUGAAAGGUGAAGAGGUUCAUAUUUGUUUAGGUCAUUUUUUAUCAAAUAUGAUGAGGACAUUUGUUACAGAGUUCUCUAAAUGGAACGCUUCCUCUGUGUCCUAGAAUGUCCACACAUUCCAUCCUAAACUAUCAGAACAGAUGUGACAGUACAAGAACUGAUGGUAAAAGUUCUAGAAUCUUCAGAUACACACAAAAAAAGUACUCUACGUACGCUUGGGGGGGGGGGGGCUGAGCUUCAGGAGCUGAGCUUCUGUAAGCACGACCUGUGCGCCAGGAGACGUUCAGCUGCUACUCAAAGUCUUUUGAAGGUCUCACAAUGAUUGCCCCCCCAAUGCAGUUGACCCUGAUUAAGAUUAAGCGUUAGCCGAAAACACGAGGGAAAAGGGCUCAGUGUCCAGAGGAUUUUUGUUUUUCUAUUAUUAUUCUUUCUCAUUAUCAGUUCACUACCACCCUGUAGGUAGGAGGCUCUCUUUCUGCUUCGGCACACACUCCCUACACACUGUAGGAAAAUCACUUAAAUAAAAAAAUACUUUUUUAUAAUACGUAACUUUAAGACCAUCAUUACGCUGUGCGUAACGAAUGUACAGAGAAAAAAUCGUAGGUAUUUUUUGAGGAACAAUUAAUUUGUUAAUGAUAUGUAGCUAUUUAAUUGUUGGUUUUCCCUGUCCUUAUAUUGUAAUCAUUGCAUUUUCUUUUUUGUGAAAAAAGUUGAUCUUUUUUGUUUAUAGAGUUUGUCUUGUUAGAGUAAAGGUUCAAGUGCAGGAACACAGUAAACGUAUGAAACCACAAUAGGUCACUGGUGUGUCAGUGAGAAUCGCUACUUUCAUUGGUCCCCAAUGUUCUGCAAUCAUUUAACUUAACUGUUCGAUCAUGUGACUUCUGAACAAAAGUUUCACUUGUGAGUAAAUGGAGGUUAUCCUUUUAGAGGCUUCUUGAGCAAUUAGCAUGUUUUGCAUUGAUGGAAUAUAGUAAUUUUGCCUCUAGCCCAGUGAGUCUUUCCGGCCAUUUCCAUUAACUAUUGAACAUAAAAUAAAAAUCAACACGGGCUAGCGGGCAGGUCAAAUUUCCGCCUCUGCAUGUAAGCAAUAUAAAUUGUGGGUUUUGAAGGUGUUUUGAUGACAAUGGGAACUGAGCUACAAGUAAACCAUCAGUCCAUUUGAGAGAUGAGCUGAGAUGAUCUAAGUAGCUUUGGGGAUGUCACCCUUGUAUCUGAUGUCGCUGUUCCCAUCUGUGGAGGCCAUUUUUCAUCUGUAAUCAAGUACACAACAUGAAAAUUGUGCAGAUGAAUCAAAGAGGACUUGGUCUUUACUCUGACUGUACCACAUUUUCCAGGUCCUUUUUGAAGUGGAAGUAGCAUGUACUUAGUGGUAGUAAUACUCUGAACUGUAAAAGACAUUUGUAUCAAGAAAACAGUCAGUUUGUGGCUCUGUGUCUCCUACUAAAAAGGUUUUGGCAGGCCACCUUUUUUGUACGUAAAGUAGCCUUGAUGAACAAUAAAAUGCUUUUAAACCAC